AUGGAUUCGCUACAGGAUUGGGUGAACUGGUUCGAAGGGCGCGAUUCUCAAGUAAACGUAGACAGAAGUGAGUCUGAGAGUGACACGUGGGGAAUUGGGGAGUGGGAGAAGUGGGAGAGAGGGGUACCGAGUGUGGAUUCUGAGGAGUUGUUUAUUCCGGAUGCCCUUCCGCUGCUGAGGGAAGAUUCCCCGCUAUUGGACGACUCGCAGCGGGAGCAGCAUCAGAACCAGAGACGGAACGAGGUUGCGAAAUCGGUGGAAUUUCACACGCUGCAGCAAAACUUAGCUGAUGAGGGGGGCGAGGAGCGGGUGGGGGCGGAGGUAGCGGGGGAUUUAACAUUGCAAGAGGCGUCGUCUGUGUUGGCUGCCGAGCCUAUCCAGACAGCUGGACCUGCCGAACCUGCUGAGCCUGCCGAACCUGCCGAGGCUGCUCAUCCUGCUGCUUUGAAGGCCUUCUACUGGACAUACGUGUUCAACUGUUUUGGCGAGCACUCGUGGCGGUUUGCGGGAGCAGCGCUGCUCGCGCUGCUGCAUCACUCGCUGCUGCCCGUGGCUGUGGCCAGCUUCGUCAGCCAGUUGGUGGUAUUUAUAGGCGCACCUCUGGUGGGAGAGCUCAUGGACUCAGCUCCUAGAGUGGCUGCGUUCAACACCAUCUCUGUUGCUCAGACCACAGCCAUGGUGGUAGCAGCACUAGCCACCAUACACGCCAUUCAACUCGCCGCCCCAGCUGCAGCAACAGCCACUGCUGCAGGCGCAGUUGCCACGUCAGCCGCCACGUCAGCUGCCGCGUCGGCUGCCACGUCAGCGCUGGCUGCUCUUCCGGGCACGGCAGUGCUGCGGCAAGUGUGGUUCGUGGUGCUGGUGGUGGCUGGCGCUGUUGAGAGGCUCACUGGCCUGGCGUCAGGAGUGGCGUUCGAACGGGACUGGGUGAUUGUGCUGGCUGGUCAGGAUCGACCCGUGGCUCUGGCCAAUGCCAACGCCAUGCUGAGGAGGGUGGAUUUGUGCUGCGAGGCCCAGGGAGGUGGGUCUGUGGUUCCUUCUCUCUCCAUUCUCUCGGCUCACUUUCUUGUGCCCGCUCUCUUUUCUUCCUCCUCUCCUUUUGCCACUCCCUUCCCUCUUCCGCUUCAGGUAGCAGCACCACUCAUCUUUGGCUGGCUUAUUGUUGCCUUUGGCCCACUGAUUUGUGCCAGAGCAUGUGUUGCCCUCGUUGCUCUCUCCCUCCCUGCCCUGCUCGCCCUCACCAUGCUCACCAACCGCCUCUCCCACGGAGCUCUCAGCAGACCUCGACCUGAGAAGUCUGAGAAUGAUUGCCAAAGCGGAGAUAAGACUUCAAACGAGUGUAAUGGGAAUGUUCCCAUGACUGAUCUAAAGUCGAAGCAGCAUAAGCCCUCCGCGUCCCCCGCAUCGUCCUCACUACUCCACUCCUAUGAGGGGUCCUAUGAGGGGUCCUAUGAGGGGUCCUAUGAGGGGUCCUAUGAGGGGUCCUAUGAGGGGUCCUAUGCACUUCACUCCUUCUCCCCUCCAUCCUCGCCCCUCCUCCCCCUUCUCGCCUCGUCUGCUUUCGGCAGCAGCGCUCCAGCUACAGGAGUAGCACCUUCCUUGGCACUAUGCUGCCACUGCUCGUCCUUGCACCCUGUUCCCGGUGCGGCCUACGUGCUGCUCUUCUUCUAUGCUGUGCUGUCAUCGGGGGCCUUCUCAUGUCGUUCUCAACAUGGUAAGAAUCUUCAUCUCAUCUCGAGUCAUGCCUACGUGCAGCAGGCUGUGAUGCCCGCCAGUGCCGCCUACGUGCUGCUCUUCUUCAAUGCAGUGCUGUCACCAGGGGGGCUUCUGACAUCUUUCCUCUCCCAACACGGCGUGCAGAUGUCAGUGAUAGGGGCCUUCAGGGGCGCCUGUGCUGCCACGGGAUUUGCCGCCACCUUUGUUUCGCCACCGCUCGUGGCACGUCUGGGUGUGCUACAGGCUGGCAGUGCUGCUCUUGUCUUCCAAGCUCUCCUCCUUGCCCUCGCAGUGGGAAUCUUCUCCUCUCUCUCACACUGCCCUCCGGUGCUGCAGCAGGGGCUGAUGCUACUCUUCCUCUUGCUCGUCGUGCUUUCCCGAGUGGGCCAUUGGACGUUUGAAAUCGUCGACUCUCAGAUCAUCCAAACAGCCAUCCCCCCCGCCUCGGCCAAUCUCAUCGGAACCACCGAAAUCGCCCUCGCCAGCCUGGCGGAGCUACUAAUGCUAGGAAUCGCCAUAGUCGUUCACGAUCCUAAGCACUUUGCGGCUCUCGCUGCCAUGUCCAUGGCGGCUGUUUUUGCUGCGGCUGGGGUUUACUGCUCCUGGCUGGCUCGGCCCGACCCGAGGAUUCAGAAGCUGUUCCCGAACCAGCCGGAGGUUCGGUGGGGAGAGGUGUUUGGGAGGUGGGGGAACGGAGGGGGGAGGAAGUGA